GGUCGAGCUUCCUUGUCUUGGCCUUUCGACGACCGGGCUGGGCUCGGUUCGUGGCCAAACCGGCGCAGCUCUGCAGCUUUUUCGCCUAGCAGGAGUGCAUGCAUACGCCUGCCUGUCACUUGCUCCAUGCUGCAUGGGGGGUGGGCAGCGUCGCUGCUGAGCAGAGGAGGGUACACAGAAGCGGUCGCAGGCAGGAGCAAGUUUGCCUGCUUGCUGCUACGUCGUGUUGCAAAGGCGAGGUUGGUGCCCAGGAAAAAAACGCACGGCGACGGCAGGCUGACAGGGUUGUUGCGGUGUGCGCCAAAUUCCCACUGGGCCCGUCCUACAAUACGUACUUGAAUGCCGUGAUUGUGCACCUCGAUUCCAUGUCACUUGUCUUGUUUCCCCUUUCUCUGUUUUCCCCGUCCCCCGUGGCCUCUGCUGCGAAUCUGUUUGUGCAUUGGUAUCUUUCUUGUGCUUUUUUGUCAUCAGGUGGCGAUACCUGAUCUCAGGGCAACCUCAACCUCCACCCGAGUCCCUCGCUUGCUUGCCUCGCCGCAACACUUCUCGGCGGCGAUCCCCAACCAUAACCAACCAGUUUGCUUUUUAGUUGCAUGUUUUUUUCUCCUUUACCCUAUCUGCUCUCUUUCCAUUUCCUGCCUCUCCGGGCAGUCCCUAAACCUAAAAUGGGCAACAAUCCUUCCUCGCUGCAGAGCUGCCUCAACCAGGUCUGCGCAGGCCAGACCGGAUGCGUUGGGUAUCCGGCUUUUAACGGUGAUCCACUGUACCAGGUCGCCUGGGUGAAGCCGUACAACCUCGAUAGCUCCGCAGCCGUCAACCCCGUCGCCGUCGUCAGGCCACGAACGACCGAGCAGGUGGCCGGCGUCGUCAAGUGCGCCGCCGCAGACAACAAAAAGGUGCAGGCAAAGUCAGGAGGGCACUCGUACGGGAACUAUGGCCUCGGUGGACCAGGUGCCACGGAUGUGGUGGCCAUUGAUAUGACCAACUUCCAAAAGUUCGAGAUGGACAAGUCGUCAUGGAAAGCUACCAUCGGAGCCGGCCAUAAACUCGGCAAGGUCUCGGAGCUGCUCUACAAGAACGGCGGCAGGGCCAUGGCGCAUGGCGUGUGCCCUGGCGUUGGCAUCGGCGGGCACGCAACCAUCGGAGGACUUGGCGCCAUGUCUCGCAUGUGGGGAUCGAGCCUUGACCACGUGCUCGAGGUCGAGGUGGUGACGGCAGACGGCAAGAUCCAGCGGGCCAGCGAGACGCAGAACUCGGACCUCUUCUUCGCCAUCAAGGGCGCCGGCGGCAGCUUCGGCGUGGUGACCGAGUUCGUCAUGAAGACGCACGCGUCCUUCGGCGAGACGGUGCAGUACAUGUACUCGUUCACCUUCACGUCGAUGCGCGACCAGUGGCGCACCUACAAGGCCUGGCAGGACCUCAUCGGCGACCCCAAGCUCGACCGGCGGUUCGGCAGCCAGAUCAUCAUCACGCCGCUCGGCUGCAUCAUCCAGGGCACCUUCUUCGGGUCCCGGUCCGAGUUCGACGCCACGGGCAUCGCGUCCAAGCUGCCGUCGACGCGCAACAGCACGCUGCAGGCGCGCGACUGGCUUGGCACGCUCACGCAUAACGCCGAGUCUGAGGCCCUCUAUAUCUCCAACCUGGCCGCUCCCUUCUACUCCAAGUCGCUGGGCUUCCGCCAGGAGGACCUGCUAUCCGAGGACGCCAUCAAGUCCAUGUUCAACUACAUUGCCGACACGAGCUCGGGCACGCUCGUGUGGGCCAUCAUCUUCGACCUCGAGGGCGGCGCCAUCAACGACGUGGCCAUGAACGCGACCGCCUACGCCCACCGCGACAAGACCAUGUUCUACCAGAGCUACGCCGUCGGCCUGCCCAAGGUCUCGAGUACCACCCGCAGCUUCCUCACCGGCUUCCACGACCGCAUCGUCAAGUCCAUCCCCUCACAGUCUGACGUCGCCACGCUCUAUGCCGGAUAUGUCGACCCGGGGCUGGGCGCCAAUGCGCAGCCGCAGUACUGGGGCUCCAACUAUCCGGCCCUUCAGCAGAUCAAGGCCAAGUGGGACCCCAAGGACGUAUUCCGCAACUACCAGAGCGUCAAGCCGGCAUCCGGAUCAUCGAGCGAUAAUGCGGCCUCGACAUCAACCGGCACAAACGGCGGUGGCGACCCAAGAGAGACGGGCACCCCCCGGAAGGACAAUGGAGCGCCCCGUUCGAGCACGCGAUGGCUGUUCUUGGCGCUCGUGAGUGUGGUGGCACAGCUGCUUGUCUGACCGGCACAGGGUGCAACCUCCCUGCCAUCACCCCUGGGGGCGGGAGGGUAAAACGGCCAGGAACCGCCCUUGUGGACGACAGUCGGCGGCUAGCCACUCUGUCGAUCCAAAGGGAAAGAACGAGGCGAAAUGAAGGAACGGAAGGCCGCGGCGGUGGCCGUGGCCGACGGGCGCAGGCGGCCUAUCCACACACGGCCACCGACAUUACCACGACGACAUUUGGUCACCGAGACGAAGCGAUUGCACUUUUGUUUUCUUUUACUGCUCUUUCCUUUUCGUUUCCUUUCUGUCAGUUCAGAACGACGCGUUUGACACAUGACACGAUCUUGGGAGAACGACUUUAGCGACCAUGACGACCCCUACACGACACGAGAUGGAGGACUCGAACCCUGGAUGAUUUACGACGGCGGCGGCCAGAUUUCUCAGCUUUAUUUUCAUGACUUUCCUUUAUACCCCGCUGCUGUUUUUCAAGGAGGUGGGAGCUAGCGUUUGCAUUUUCGGUUUGCUCCUUUUCAAACCCUGUGUCAUUAGAUUUAGAUUGUCAUACCAUUUAGACAUGGGCGGCCAUGCAAAUAGCCGCCGUUUUCAGGAUAACAAUACAUGAAUAAUGGGACGCGCGGUUUGGUGAUCCGUUGACGGUUAAGGCUUUGCGAUUGGCACAGGUCAAGGGCCCCCCGCGCUUGCAAUUAGUGAAAAGAUGUG